GCUGCAGCCACCUCCUGAGUGCCUCCUGGGAUCUACUCUCCCUUCUCCAGGCCUUGCUCCGAGCCGCUGCCAAAGGACAGAGCUGCCCAGUCUCCAGAAGUUCCAGUGGGUCCCGGGAUCCUUAGGGUAAAUGCAGGGUAGAGAAUGUCCGUCUGAUGGAUCGAACAUCUUCCAAAAAACCAGCCCUGGGGACUUUGUAUCUGACAGCCUCUCACGUCAUCUUUGUGGAGAAUGUGCCUGAAACCAGAAAAGAGACCUGGAUCCUGCACAGCGAGAUCUCCUCCAUCGAGAAGCAGGCGACGACGGCGGGGGGCUGCCCGCUGCUUAUCCGAUGCAAGAAUUUCCAGGUGCUGCGCCUCGUGGUCCCUCAGGAGCGAGACUGCCAGGACGUGUACAUCUCCCUCCUCCGCCUGGCCAGGCCAGUGAAGUACGAAGAGCUGUUCUGUUUCUCCUUCAACCCCAAGCUGGACAAGGAAGAGCGUGAGCAGGGCUGGACGCUGGUGGAUCUCCGUGAGGAGUACAAGCGCAUGGGCGUCCCCAACAGCUACUGGCACCUCAGCGAUGUCAACAGAGACUACCGGGUGUGUGACUCGUAUCCCACUGACGUCUAUGUCCCCAGGUCAGCCACCGCGCACAUCAUCAUGGGCAGCUCCAAGUUCCGAAGCCGCCGCCGGUUCCCUGCCUUGUCUUAUUACUGCAAAGACACCAAUGCCUCCAUCUGCCGGAGCAGCCAGCCUUUGUCUGGCUUCAGUGCCCGCUGUCUUGAGGACGAGCAGAUGCUGCAGGCGAUCCGGAGAGCCAAUCCUGGGAGUGACUUCAUGUACGUUGUGGACACGAGGCCUAAGCUCAACGCCAUGGCCAACCGCGCAGCGGGCAAAGGGUACGAGAACGAGGAUAACUAUGCCAACAUCAAGUUUCAGUUCAUUGGCAUCGAGAACAUCCAUGUGAUGAGGAGCAGCCUGCAGAAAAUGCUGGAAGUGUGUGAGCUGCGAUCCCCUUCGAUGAGUGACUUUCUCUGGGGCCUGGAGAAUUCUGGCUGGCUGAAGCACAUCAAAGCCAUCUUGGAUGCGGGGGUCUUUAUCGCCAAGGCCGUGGCUGAGGAAGGGACCAGCAUCCUCGUCCACUGCUCAGACGGCUGGGACCGAACAGCCCAGGUGUGCUCAGUGGCUAGCCUCCUCCUGGAUCCUUACUACCGGACCCUGAAAGGCUUCAUGGUAUUAAUUGAAAAAGACUGGAUUUCCUUCGGGCACAAGUUUCAUCAUAGGUACGGCCAUCUGGAUGGAGACCCCAAGGAGAUCUCCCCGGUCAUCGACCAGUUUCUCGAGUGUGUCUGGCAGCUCACGGAGCAGUUCCCCUGCGCCUUUGAGUUCAACGAGAGGUUUCUGGUGCACAUGCAGCAUCACAUCUACUCCUGCCAGUUUGGAACCUUCCUCUGUAACAACCAGAAGGAGAGACGGGAGCUGAGGAUUCAAGAAAGAACACACUCGCUGUGGGCUCACCUGUGGAAGAAUCGGGCUGACUACCUGAAUCCCCUGUUCCGAGCGGACCACAGCCAGGCCAGGGGGACGCUGCGGCCCCCAACCAGCCCGUGCAACUUCAUGUACAAGUUUUGGAGUGGAAUGUAUAACCGCUUUGAAAGGGGCAUGCAACCUCGGCAGUCAGUGACCGAUUACCUCAUGGCGGUGAAGGAGGAAACGCAGCAGUUGGAGGAGGAGCUGCAGGUCUUAGAAGAGAGACUGGAAAAAAUCCACAAGAUUCCACUUAGCUACAAGCCAGGGAAGAGAGAGCCCAGUGCGCCACAGAGCAAACGUCCGGGGCUGUCUGCCUCCACCCCCAGUGUGGGGAACCCCGCGGCAGAUUCCAGCGGACUUCUGAAAUCGUCGCCCUCCCUGAGCCGGUCCCAAGGAGACGACGAUUCUGCCCUGAUUCUCACGCAGGAGAACUUAAAGAGCUCCGAUCCGGACCUCUCGGCCAACAGCGACCAGGAGUCUGGGGUGGAGGACCUGAGCUGCCGCUCCCCGAGCGGGGGCGAGUGCUUGCCCAGCGAGGACAGCGGCAAGGACCCCGAUCCCGAUGAGGCGGUGUUCCUCACCGCAUGAGUCCCCCUGCCCCCCAGGACUGCCGGGAACCGGAAAUGUUUCCCCCAAGAGGGGAGCCAUGCACUCCAAAAUGGAAUGGCCAAAAUGGAGAGUGGGAAAUGGGGUCCCGUAGCCAAGGGCCGUCAAUCUGUAAGGAGGUUUGAGCGUAGAAAAUUGUUCAAAUGGUAGAAGCUUUCCUCCCCCCCUCCAAGUAUCAUGAAAAUCAAGGUAGAGAAGUGACUUUAUAAACAUAAAGGCAUAGUGCUUUGGGAACUGGAUUCAAAUGAGAAAAUACCCUCAGUAAUUUUCGUUUAAAGCUUGAUAUAUAAAUUCUAGGUCACUUAAACCUCUUUCUUUUAAAAUCCUUGAAAAGAAGUCUGAGAAACAAUAAUGAUAAUCAUUGACUUAAAAAAAAACUUUUGAAAAUUCCCCAAAGAGAGGUCCUGAUGUAGAACAAGAGAAAAAUAAAAUUUCUUAGACACAAAGCAUCUGGGGGGAGGGAGAGAAGGAAGAAAAAGAAACGCCUGGGAACAUGAGUCAAUUCAGCAAAUGUGAAAGUGCCUACUGAUUGUUAAAAGGCACUAAGGCUGCCUUCAAGGCUCUCAGGAGGAUGGCGUCCAUAAAUAAGCAAGUGAGCAAAUACAAGAUUAUUGGAGUAGAAAGAGAGCCCUAACAACUAGGGGGAUCCGGGAAGGCUUCCCAGAGGAAGCACCAGAGCGCAAUUAGGGUUAGGGUUCAUGCGUUCCAGGAAUGGGGACUGAGUCUGGAAAGCUGCAGAGGCAGAAAUGGGAUAGCAGGCUAGUAGGCUGAUGUGAAAGAAGGCUGGAGAGGUAGAUUGGAACCAGCUCAGUUGCGGAUGGGGGGAACAGGACAUACAAAUGCUAGGUGGAGGGAUUUGUGUUUAUUUUAUCCUGGGGCGGUAGGGAUUCCAAUCAGGUUGGGAAGGAGAUACUGGUGUUUUGGGAAGAUUUUUGGCAGCUGUGGGUGUGGAAAACUGGGAGAGAGACGGAAGGCAGGGAGGCAGUCUAGGGAGGAGAGGGAAGGACCAGUGAUUUCAGGGGUAGCCUGACUGGGUGUGAGGAGGAAGCAGAAGGGAGUGCAGGGUGACUCCCAGGCUGCCUGUGGCGAUGCCGUGGAUGACUUUAUGUGCAAGAUGGGGAGUUCUCUUGGAAAGGCUGAGAUGCUGAUGGGUGUUCCAUUAGUCACAACAGCUUCCCCCCUGGCACCAUCCUGUGUGUGAGGGAGCUCAUCAAAGAGGCUUUCAUCGUAGCUGGUACCUGAAAGGGACCCUUGCCUUUGAAGAUGUCCUGGUCUUACCUCCUGGCUUCCUAAAACCAGGCCUCGGGUCAUGGGAGAUCACCUUCUAGUCUGGUCCUCUCAAGUUACAGAUGAGAGAAAUGUGAUGUCCCCAGUCCCAGAGGUAGAAGAUGGUGGUCAGUACUGUUGUGAGUGCAUUUAAAGGGUGGCCAGGGAUGUCCAUUUCCCUUGGUGUAAAGUAAUCCCUCCUUACUCAAGUCACAUUGAAAUUCAAGCCAUCCCCAAUCACCCAUCUUUUUUUGUAUGGCCUGUAUCAUAGAGAGAAAGCUCAGUGGCAGCCUCAUAAUCCUACUUCCUCCACUUGUAAUGAUUCUUAACCACAAACUCUGGAAAUGAAGCUUCUUUAAAACAAGAACAAGCCUCACUCCAGCCCAUUGGUCACAUGAAUAUACCUCAGUGGCAAAGCUCGGCUGAAGGGGAGCAGGUCUUACCCUCCUGCCGGGUACCUAGCCCACCCACUUCUUCCCCACAUCAAGAGAGAAAAAAACCACAGCCUUGAGACUCACUGAUGUUGCUGGAGAUGUGAAUUAAGAGCAGAGCACGUGACUGGGACUUUCCUUCCUAGAAUUCUUGGUAUCAACCAGCCAGUGGGAAGAAAUCUGGGGGCAGGGUAGCCACAAAGUCAUGCUGUGGUAGGUUACCCUAGACUUUAUUUAGCUAGGCCUGGUUGUCAAGAGGAGCGAUAACGGGGCUCUCGCUGAGUCCUUGGGUUAGAGAUGGAGGUGCCGACGCGUAGCAAGGAGAGCCAGGUCGAUUUUGUCAUCACUGGCUUCAAGUCCCCCAAGCCUAGUGGGGCCGGGAGGAGAGGGACUUCCCCAUUUUGCCUCGGGUUUCUGAACAUAGUGUUCAGGUCAGCGCAUAAGACCCUAAGCUAUUUUUUCUUGUCCUGACCUACUUUUGUAACAUCUGGGAUUACGUCCCCACGGUCUUUCUACCUCGUAUAAUGUGGUUUGGCACGGGACCACUUUCUCUGGGCUAAUGCAGACAAGACUAUGCUUUAUCACAGCUUAAUGCUCCUUCAGCCUUUCCUCACAGAAUGUGUUCGCUCUGGGAACCUCUCCAGUCUUUGUUUCCAUUUCAAAAUACAGACUAGCUGGGGUCUGUUUGGACAAAGUCGAAGAGUCAUUGGUGAUCCCCAGGUCUAGCUGGUUAUGUGCUGCCCCGUGGUCCAUCCCAGCAUCAGGUCAGCCUUUCUGAGACAGACUGCCAAUGCCAGACACUGGCUUUGGAAGCCUGGAUUGACCAAGACCAACCUGACAGUUGUAUUGCAUAGAAAUGGCCUAUUUUAAGAUGUAGUUUUCCCGGGUUUAUUACGCCAACAUUUUAUAGGUCAUUUGAAAAUUGUCUACAGAGAAAAAUGUGAAUUGUAGACUUUUAAAUGACUGGUACGGUCUAAAUUGGGUAGUUAUAAUGCUAACUAAUGAGUGACCUGUUCAGUUGUGUUUGGGUGUACUUUUAAAUUGCAUCUUAAGAAUAUUUCACUAUCUUCAACUUCUGUAUAAAAUGAAUCUGCAAAAAGGGAAGCAAACAGCAAGGGCUGCUUCAUAAAAUCAAGACUGAAAGCUGAGGAGCGACUUUGACGAUACAGAAAUAUUCCAAUAGGCAUUAGCCAUGAUUGUGCUGAGGGCUGGCUCAGCAAUCCCAAGACCGUGCUUACAGACAGAUGUGUUCUGUUCAUGUUAAGCCAAGUUAACAUAGCCUCUGAGCGGUUCCCAAAUGUGAAAGUGGAUGGAAUUUUGGUUAACUUAAAUGUUUGUCUUGUCAUGUAUGUAGCGUGCAGACUGUGCCGAUAAAAAGUACUCUUCAAUAAAUCCUUAAGAUGCAAGUCGUCUUUUAAGUGGAAACGUCAAAUGGCCAACAUAGAGCUUCAUUCGGUACCCAGGGGGCUGCUUUAUUGUUCUUGGCAGGCCACGGACCACCUUUUCUGAGGGAGGUGGCUACUCUUCCUUCCUCAGUCCGGCAGGGCAGUCAGGACUCUCCGAGGCCAGCCAGGCCCACCCUUAAUGCAUUCACUCAUGGAACCUGAUAAGAGAUUUCGCUCACUCCUAAAACUGGUUCUUCGAGAGCUUCUCAACAAGGUUGCACUGUUUGCUUCCAUCGACACUACAGAAUUCAGACUGAUUUUCCUGGAUGAAAGCCAAAAUGGCAGGUAGUGGCCAGAAACUGCAGCAUCAACAGCUCAGCUCCCGACUAGCAGCCUCAGUGACAACGGUGCUUUUCACGAGGCCCCGUAGGGACGGGACUGGGGAGGGAGCUGUUCAAAUGAAGGCUUCUUUUCCAUCAGGAAGCUGAAUUCUUCAUGCCAGAAAACCCUUAACAAGUCCACAGUCUUGUGUGAAGGAUGGAAGGGCACAGGGAAUGGACCAUGGCCUGGAAGACCAUUCCUAAAAAGAGUGUAGACUGUCCCCCUCUCAGCGCUCCACUGGUGAGAAUGAAAGCUGCACAGAGCCCACGCUGGCCAGAGGCAGAUAGAGGAGUGUCUUCUGGCCGACAGCAUCAUUUUACUGACCGUCUCAUUUGAUUUUCCAAACAGCCCUGAUGCAUCAGCACAGAAUGGCAUU